AUGUGGGUUGUGAAGGCAGUGAAGGCAGUGAGGGCAGUGAAGGUUGUGAAGGUUGUGAAGGUUGUGAAGGUUGUGAAGGUUGUGAAGGUUGUGAAGGUUGUGAAGGUUGUGAAGGUUGUGAAGGUUGUGAAGGUUGUGAAGGUUGUGAAGGUUGUGAAGGUUGUGCAGAAGGGGCAAUGUCGCAGAUAUGUGACGUGUCAUAGUCUCAUUGGCUGCGCAUAG